ACGUAAUCAAAGUUGGCGGUAUUUUGAAACAAACACGGAUAUCCAUAGUUUUGAUUGUUUUGGGGGGAAAAAUACGUUUGGGUCUAUUGAAAAUGGUUGAGGAAGGGGCAGAAGGAGAGGUUGUAGCUCACCUCUCAAAAGCUGCACAGUCUGAGCUGCUGGAGCUCUGCGAGGAGCAGUUUGCUGAAAUAGAGAAGUUGCUGAAUGAAAUCAUACUGUGUGAAGCAGACAGCUGUGAGAAUCCACAGGAACAGUCAGUGAACAGGCUGAUAGCCACUGAUGCUGAGCUGAAGCAGUGGUCGUCUACUGAGCCGAGCUUGCUCGCAUCCAAUUCAGAAAUUUUACUUCAAGCUGGAAAAGACGAGAUGCUCAAGCUUUGCUCUGAACUGGAGAUGGUUGUUUCUUGUUGUGAAGCCAAGAGAGACAAACUGAGAGAGACUAAAGAGCUGGAGCAGAAAUGGCUAGAAGAAAAGAAACAGGUGCUAUUAGCCGCCAGUGAUCAUAUUGAACGACUUCGACUGGAGAGGGAGAAAUUAUCUGAACAUAACAUCAUUUUGGACACCAAAGCCAAAAUCCAGAAAAUAAAGGUUUAUCAGGAGAAGCUGCUGGAGACCCUUGGAGAUGUCCUGGAGACGCAUAUUCCUCUCCCUAAGAAGGAGUCCAGCGCAAGCAAAAGGAAGAAGAGCAUUACCCAUGAGAUAACUGAGGACCUUAUUUCCCUGAGUGAAAUCCUGGAGGUUCUUAUGAACAAGGUCAUAAACACACCGCAUGACCCUUACGUUACGUUGGAUCACACCUUCUGGCCGCCGUAUGUGGAGAUGCUGCUUCGAUAUGGGAUCGCAGUGAGGCACCAGGAGAAUAACUUGAAGAUCCGUCUGGAAACCUUCUUCUGAAUUACUUUUGCUUAUCUUCUAAAAAGCAACACAUUUUUUUCUUGUCUUUUACUACAUCUGUUGGAGCUUUGCCCUUAUUUAGCAAUAAUCUAAUGAAUAAAGAGACUUACCUUUUUCUUUAUACAUGUAUUAAUAAAAAUGUUUUCUUGUGACUUUAGUUCUGUGUAUUUUAGAUGUUCUGUAUUUAAAGUGACUCUGUUUUAAUGAGUAAGUUUCCAGCUUAAAGGACAUAAAAUAAUUGUCAUUAACCUAAUCUAUCCCUGAUGUGCAUGAUAUUCUCUGAGCAGUAGCUGCUUUUUGUUGCACUAGUCAGAUAUGAAUCCUUCUUUUAGCCAGGAUUGUUGGAGUCUGCUGGAUAGCUCUUAAUUUAGCAUUUAUUAUGACUAUUGUAAAAUAUAGUGAAAGUUGUCAGUGUCAAACAAAGUAGUGUAAAAUAUCUGUCAUUUGCAUCAAUGGAGAUUAAGUACAUAUGAAUCUGCUUGUUUUGCUGAAAGAUCAAAGCAUAACAACUUGCAAAUGUUAUGUUGUUCCUAACUUGAUACAGACCAGAAAGAAACCUGCUCUUUACUGGUUUUUGGCAGAUAAAAAUUCUUAAACUCGGAUCUAAAGCUAUAAGACGCCCAUUCAUGUGUACAGUGUGUCCAUUUUAUUUUUUGGGUUCUUAACAUUCUGUUUCUUACCUUGACUUUUUAAAAUCUUUGCUUGAUAACUCAUUAAUUAUUUAAGGGAGACAAGUAGGCUAAAUAAAAAAGAAAAGGAUGUUUUUUUUUUAAAUAUUGCUUAAGCCUGUAAAAUGGGAAACCAUUAAACCAAAUGUUUGUCUCAAGUCAUGGCACUUUUUGAUGCGUUCUAUGUAUUAGUUUGUAAUGCUUGCUUGUAGGACAGCACAGUAGCGGAGUUAUUAGCAAUGUUGCCUUGCAGUAAGACAGUCCUGGGUUUAAUUCAUGGCCCAGGGUUUGCAUAUUCUCCCUGUGCAUGUUGGGUUCUUUCCAGAUACACCGGCUUCCUCUCACAGUCUAAAGACAUGACUGUUAGGUUAAUUGGCAUCUCUACAUUGUCCCUAGAUGAGUGCAUGGUUGUCUCUGUGUUGUGUGUGGCAACCGGUCCUGGGUGUACCCAGUCUUUUGCCAAUAGAAUACUGGAACUAUAAAUUAGUUGGCUGCACUAAGUGAUAAAAAGCAAUGUUAUUUAUCAGACUGUCCAUUAUCAACUGUUUGAAAGAAAACUUCAAUCUUAAAAGAAUUUCAAAUGAUCUUUCAUAUAUGAUUUAAAGCAGUGGUUCCCAAACUUUUCAUGCUGGGCCCCUCCUUGGUGUACAAGA